AUGUCGGGCCCUCAAGAGAACCCCGUGGAUUUCCUACAACAGCUUGCCGAUGUCGGCCUGCUCACACCCAUCGUUGAGCAACCAGUCGAGACAGGCAUUCCCGGUGGCGAUCUUGCACCUGCGGAGGCAGUCAACUUUCAAGUCUUCCAAAAAGCAGAUGCUCUGCAAAUCCUGAAUUGCCCUACGUUUUCCCUUGACCAAGGAUCUUACUUCACUGAGCUGAACAAAUUUAUGCGAAACUUGGUCUCAGUCACUGAAGCUAAGAACGCUGCUUGGAACAAUGCGUUAGCAAGAUACGAGGCUCGGAUCGACGACGAAUUCAAAACUCCCAUCUUCCAAGACUUUAUUGAAGAUGAUGAAGACUACAAGAAGACAUGGCAACAAGAGCUUGAUGCACAACGGCGAUAUGUAAGCCUGCAGGGAGGGGAUAUGGAAGCCAUAUCUCAACAGAUCUCUAUUCUCAAGUUAGCCGAUAACAGAAUAGACUUCAAGAGCCUGUAA